AUGAAGUCACAGCAUAAAGGAGUUUCUCUUGAAAGAGUAACGUAUACUCCUGAUAAAUGUACUACAGUCACUGAACUAACGCAGGGUACAGAAAUUUCUGCCCCAAUAGAGCAAACAGAAUCGGUAAAAAGAAUUAGAGAACCCAACCCUCAGCAGUUAAAUCAAACAAAAACAGCGCCCGCCCUAACCCAAGGCACAAUGUCCACAUACGUACGCAGAUCUAUAUCAGUAUCUCUUUCAAAACAAAUAGAUGAACAACUUUUAAGGGUAAUAGUUAAAGCAUAUUACCCAUUUAGUAUAGUUGAAGAUAAAGAGUUUAAAAAAUUAAUUUUCUUGUUGUGCCCUGCUUACUCCAUGCCAACUCGAAAAACUGUCUCGAAUUCACUUAUUCCACGGUUGUACAAUGAAACAAAAGAAAAGGUUGUAAAAACAUUAUCCUCAGUGGACGCAGCUUGUCUUACUACUGAUGGUUGGACGUCCAUAACUCAGCAAAGUUAUGUUGCUAUAACUGCACAUUUUAUUCGAGAAGUAGAUGACAUUAGUACCUUACAAUCAUGCCUGUUAGGAUGCAUACCCUACGAUAGUAGUCAUACCGCACAAAAUCUAGGUAUGUUUAUAGCAGAAGAGGUGAAGAAAUGGGGUCUACAAAAUAAAGUAAUUUGUGUAGUCACAGAUAACGCACCAAACAUUGUAGCUGCUGUAAGAAACAAUAAUUGGAGACACAUACCUUGCUUUGCCCACUCCCUGAAUUUAGUUUUAGGAGAUGGUAUGAAAAUAAUACACGCAGAAUUGUCAAAAAUAAAGGAUAUUGUUGCUUAUUUUAAAAGAAGUUCUAAAGCUCUAGCAAAAUUAUCUGUUAUGCAAAAUCAAUUAAACCUUCCGGCCAUAAAAUUAAAACAAGACUGUGUAACCAGGUGGAAUUCAACGUAUGAUAUGUUAUCCUGCAUCUUAAAAGUAAGGGCAGCUGUAAUCGCUGUUCUAGCAGUUGAAAAUCCAGAGUUAAAUUGUCUAUCGCCGUCAGACUGGGCAAUGUUAGAGAAAGCAGCUAGUGUUUUAGAAAUUUUCAAGUUAAUUACUGAGGAAAUAUCCGCUGAAAAAAAUGUGACAUUGUCCAAGUUAAUGUUAAUGAUAAAAGCCAUAAACAAACAUUUAAUUAAAGCAUCCGCAGAAUACGUUAAUGAUGUAAAGGUCACCAAGCUUGUGCAGGAGUUACAAAAUUCCAUGUCAGUUAGAUUUUGUGAAAUGGACACUCAAGAGCUUAUAACGCAGGCAACUUUUUUAGAUCCCAGAUUUAAAAAAUUUGGUUUUACUGAUGCAGUAAAAUAUGAGAGGUGUGUAAAUUUCUUAAAACGCAAAAUUUUGACCACUCCAUAUCUCUGCUCUAAUAUUCAAGAUCCCCAGCCAUCUACAUCCCUUCAACCGCCUCCUUCAUCGCUACUUUGGGAAGACUUUGAUAAUCAAGUUGAAUACAUCCUUUCUAAUCCGGAUCCUCAUGCUGCUAGUGAACAGGCAGACAACAAAUUGAGAGAGAAUUUGGCUCUGAAUUCCACAGAGAUUGACAAUUUACCAAAAGAAAUGCCUGACAUUAACAAUUUUCUUAUUAACAUCAAUCAGAUUGACUUGGAAUCGGCUGAUAGAAUGAAAAACCAAAAAGAGAACAUGAAUCCGAAUUCUGCAGUUACUGAAGAAGAAUCACUAAUUAAAAUGACAAACAGCGGCAAUAUUGCUGUCAAUUAUGAGAGUAAACUUAAAUCUUCAGUGUGCAGUGAUACUAUAGAGAACUUAUUUUCAAAAUCCUCAUCGUUCAUUGAAAACUCCCCACAGUGUACGACCAACGACAUUUUUAACCUCAGCCAAUAUAUAAAAACGCAGUGGACUGACACUUCAGAUAAUGAGUUAAUUCUUAAUCGAGACAUACUCACCAGGAGACCUAUUCAGGAAAAAAGAGUAUCUUCUUCAUCUUGUAAUAGUUCAAGUUCAUCUCGUUCAAGUUCAUCAAGUUCCAGCUCCUCAAAUUCUAGUCCAUGCUCUUCGAGCAACGCACAAAAUGUGAACUCUAACGUGAUUACCUGUCAUAUUAAUGCGGAUGGUGCGAGUACCAGCCAAUUAGCUACAAGAAGUCUUCGUGGUAGAGCUAUUUUAAAAUCAAAUUAUUGUGUAUCACCUAUUAAUGCUGCUGAAAGUGAUCCUGAUUUAAGUGAUAAUGACCCUACAUUUCAAGACCCCAACGAAAUUUCAACGCGUCUUAGAAGCUUGUCCUCUUCCUCGACAGACUCAACUUCACAACCUGUCACAACACCCCAACAUGAGAUACAACAACCUGAGACAAGUAACGUAAACGAACCGAACACGACUCAAAGAAUAUCAAGAAAAAGGCAGCGUAACCCCGCAUCCUGGAAGCAAAAUAUUAAAUAUGUUGAUCCUUUCAUUGACCACUGUUAUAUCCAAAAGAUAAAACAUAUGGACCACACAUAUUCUCAAUCAAUGGACAGCAGCUUCCAGAGUAACCUAAACAUAUUAGAAGGUCCAAUAGGCCAACCAUUGUUCUCUACCCCAAAUAAGACUGGUAGCAGCCGGUUACUGCAGAAAAUAUCGUAUCUUACUCCAAAUUGUAGAAGCAAUAUAUAA